CUGAUUUCCAAGUCCACAAUUCACACAGCUGACCUCCCCACUAAUUAUAUGUGCUGCUACUAGUAAUAAUGGACAAAAAGCACCCCCUUCCACUCAGCUGCCAAUCGCUCAUAAAUUGCUGGACUCAACCAAUUCGUCUGCACUCUAUUGACACCGACAGAAGAGCACUUGUGGUCCUUAGAGAAGGUCUCACCGACCCUUCUGGCAGGCUCUCUUCCUGGAUUGGCGAAGAUUGUUGUACAUGGGAAGGCAUCAAGUGCCACAACCAAACAGGACGUGUCACAAAGCUCGACCUUAGAAACCCUUACCACUUAAUCGGUGCUGUUGAUCCACCAACAUAUAAACGCUCCUGUUUGGGAGGUAAGAUCAACCCGUCUUUGAUUCGUUUGGAAUAUCUCACUUCUCUGGACCUAAGCCUGAACGAUUUUGAAGGGCUUGAAAUUCCCGGUUUCUUCGGUGAGCUAAAAAAUUUGAGAUAUCUCAAUCUCUCUUAUGCUUCUUUUGCUGGAGAGAUUCCAGCUUCUCUUGGGAAUUUGUCAAAUUUGCAGUAUCUGGACCUCUAUGCAGACUCCUACAGCAAUACAGGUCCCAGGGAGUUGCGUUCACAGAGUCUGGAAUGGCUUACACCUCUCUCUUCUUUAAAAUAUAUAAACCUGGGAUUUGUCAAACUCGAUAGCAUAGGCGACCAUUGGUUGCAAACAUUUAAUAUGCUUCCCUCAUUGGUACACCUGCGCUUACACUGGUGUGAACUUAAAGGUUUACCACUGACAUUGCCAUCCAUUAACUUCACGUCACUUUCAGUUCUUGAUUUGUCGGAGAAUUCUUUCAACUCUUUAAUUCCCCCAUGGUUGUUCAAUCUUACUGGUCUCACAGAACUAUAUCUGACAUGGGACUUUUUCAGCGGUUCAAUUCCUGCUGAAUUUGCAAACCUCAAGAAUCUCCAAGUCCUUGAUUUGUCUGAUAAUUUGAACCUCGAGGGUCAAAUUCCUGGAUUACUUGGCAACCUUAGCAAACUACAGCUCCUAGAUCUUUCUGCAAACAAUUUCCAUGGUGACAUUUAUGGGCUUUUUAGUGGUUUCUCAAGUAACCCAAACAGUAAGUUAGAGUCACUGGAUCUAAGUUCCAACUCAUUGACAGGGGAACUGCCCGAGUCAUUAGGAUUGCUUAAACAUUUACAACACCUAGAUCUCUCCAGCAACUCUUUCUGGGGUUCAAUUCCAUCAUCAAUAGGAAGCUUGUCAGCACUGAGAGAAUUAGACCUGUCAUAUAACACCAUGAAUGGUACAAUUCCCGAAAGCCUUGGGCAACUUUCUGGGCUAGUUGACAUGAACCUUAUGGCAAAUUCUUGGAAGGGUAUUCUAAAAGAAACCCACUUCAUGAAUCUAAGAAAGCUGCAGCAUGUUCGUCUCACAACAGAGCCAACGAGGCCCUUGGCUUUCAGUGCGUCGCAUGGAUGGUUUCCUCCCUUCAAACUCAAGUCUAUCCAACUUGAAAACUGCAUGAUAGGUCCCUCAUUUCCUGUAUGGCUUCAAGUUCAAAAUGAACUUACCUCUGUCGUCUUAAAAAAUGUUUCCAUAUCUGACACCAUACCAGGGAAAUGGUUUUCCCAACUGUCUGCUCAACUCACUUAUUUGGUUCUAUCUCAAGAUCAAAUCAGGGGGGAGUUGCCACGCCACUUAAAUUAUCCAUAUUUGAAUCUCAUCGAUCUGAGUUACAAUAACUUUGAGGGUCCUUUCCCUUCUUGGUCCACUAAUGCAACCGAUGUAAUCCUCGAUGAAAAUUCGUUUUCGGGGCCAAUACCUGAAAAUAUUGGGGCCUUGAUGCCUAGAUUGCAGAAACUAUAUGUUUCUAGGAAUCAUCUGAGUGGGAGAAUCCCACCAUCCAUGUGUGAUAUAGAGGGGCUCAACAUUAUUUCUCUAAGGAACAACAAGUUGAGUGGAGAACUCCCUAACUGUUGGCAUCGAUUAAUGUUAUGGGGAAUAGAUAUAUCAAAUAACAGUUUGACGGGGAACAUCCCAAAUUCCUUCGGUUUCCUGCCUUCUCUAAGUGUGCUGCUGUUGAGCAACAACAAUCUGGAUGGGGAAAUCCCUUCUUCUCUACGAAACUGCACCGGUUUGACAAGCAUGGACCUCGGAGGGAAUAAACUUUCGGGGAGUCUCCCUUUGUGGGUGCAAUAUAUGUCAUCCUUAUUCAUGCUACGUCUUGGCUCAAACCUUCUAAGUGGGAGCAUACCUGAUCAGGUUUGCAGGCUACAAAAUCUGCACAUAUUAGAUCUUUCCCAAAACAAAAUUUCAGGUCCCAUUCCUAAGUGUAUUAGUAAUCUGAGAGCCCUGGUCCAUGGAAAGGGUAGCGAGGUGUUCCAAAGGCUAAUAAGGGAGGUAACAAGAGGAAGAGAUCCUGAAUACAGCAACGUAGUGGCAAACGUGAAUAGCAUAGAGCUGUCAGGGAAUAAUCUUACAGGUGAAAUCCCUUACGAGAUGACAAACCUGCUUGCACUGCGCAUCUUGGAUCUGUCACACAACCAUCUUUCAGGAGCGAUCCCGAAAAGCUUGACAUCUGUAGCUUCUUUGACUCGAUUGAACUUGUCAUACAACAACCUUUCUGGAAGCAUUCCUUUUUCGCCAAGAUUUAAUGAUUCCUCCAUUUAUGAGGGGAAUCCAUUGCUUUGCGGGGCUCCACUUCCUACCAAAUGCCCACUGCCUAGGCCACGCAAAUAGAAUAUUGCAGGUUUAUGAUAUGAGGGAAUCCAUCUAUUUACACAAAAAUAAGCGAUGUACCUCUACUUGGUCCAAAUCUAAUACCAUAUUUGGAUAUUUUAUGUAUUAUUGGUUUAUCAGUGUCCUCCACUAAUCAAAUAUCAUAUGAAACUUGUGCUA